GGAGAACCCCUCCCCCAGUGCUCACUCUCCGGUGCCAGCCCCGCCGCUGCUGUUGCCCCCGCAGGGACCGAGAUCUCAGUAGAUUUUCAGAUGGCUGAAUCAAACCACCUUUCCCCUGGUUGGAACCUGCCAGCUGGUGAAGCCCUGCUUCAGGAUGUCUUUGGCAUUGUUAUGGAAGAGAUUGUACGAAAAGGAACCGAUGCCUCUGAGAAGGUCUGUGAGUGGAAGGAGCCAGAGGAGCUGAAGAAGCUGCUCGAUUUGGAGCUACGGAGCCAUGGAGAGAAACAGGAGCAGAUCCUUGACCGGUGCCGUACCAUCAUCCAGUACAGCGUGAAGACCUGUCAUCCUCGGUUCUUCAAUCAGCUCUUCUCAGGGCUGGAACCUCAUGCUCUGGCUGGUCGGAUCAUCACGGAGACCCUCAACACUAGUCAGUACACUUAUGAAAUUGCUCCCGUGUUUGUCCUCAUGGAGGAAGAGGUGCUGAAGAAACUCCGGGCCCUGGUGGGCUGGAGCAGCGGGGAUGGGGUCUUCUGCCCGGGUGGCUCCAUCUCCAACAUGUGUGCGCUGAACUUAGCACGUUACCAGCGGUAUCCUGACUGCAAACAAAGGGGACUUCGGGCCCUGCCCCCCUUGGCCAUCUUCACAACACAGGAGAGUCACUACUCUCUUCAGAAAGGAGCUGCUUUCUUGGGCAUGGGCACAGACAGCAUCCGACUGGUCAAGGCUGAUGAAAGGGGAAAGAUGAUCCCAGAGGACUUGGAGAAACAAAUUAAUCAAGCUGAGGCAGAGGGUGCUGUGCCACUCUUUGUCAGUGCCACCUCGGGCACCACAGUGCUGGGGGCCUUUGACCCACUGGAGGCCAUCGCUAAUGUGUGCCAGCAGCAUGGACUGUGGCUGCAUGUGGAUGCAGCCUGGGGUGGAAGCGUCCUGCUGUCUCAGACACACCGGCACCUCCUGGACGGCAUUGAGAGGGCUGACUCAGUGUGCUGGAAUCCCCACAAGCUGCUGGCGACGGGAUUGCAGUGCUCAGCUCUCCUCCUUCGGGACACCUCGAACUUGAUGAAGCAAUGCCAUGGAGCCCAGGCCACCUACCUGUUUCAGCAAGACAAGUUCUACGAUGUGUCUCUGGACACAGGAGACAAGGUAAUACAGUGUGGCCGUCGUGUCGACUGUCUGAAGCUGUGGCUCAUGUGGAAGGCUGUCGGUGGAUCUGCUCUGGAGCAACGUGUGGACUGGGCUUUCACCCUCACACGGUACUUUGUAGAGAAGAUGAAGAUGCGGAAGGGCUUUGAGCUGGUCAUGGAGCCAGAGUAUGUAAAUGUAUGUUUCUGGUACGUGCCCCCCAGCCUUCGUGGCCAGAAAGACAGUGCUGAUUAUUGCAAGAAGCUUGCUAAGGUGGCACCGGUGCUGAAGGAGCGGAUGGUCAAAGAGGGCUCCAUGAUGGUGGGCUACCAGCCCCACAGAACCUUGCCCAACUUCUUCCGCCUGAUUGUGGGUAACCCAGCCCUGCGCACAGCCGACCUAGACUUCUUCUUGGAUGAGCUGGAGCGGUUGGGGCAGGACUUAUAACUUGCCGAGGCUGACUAAUAAGCUACAGUUCUUAUAAAUGUCAGGCAUUCUUUACAUUCUCUUUCUACCUUGUUUGCCCUGAAGUUAAUUGGUGAUGGUGAGAGGUCGUGGAGGAAGAGAAGGGAAUCAAUUAGGCAAUCAGCAAUCAUUUAUUAAGGGCCUAGUAUGUGCCGGACACUGUACUAAGUGCUGGGAAUAUAAAUACAAAAAGGGAAACAAUCCCAACUCUGGUGGAGGGCAUCUUCAUGUGGAGAAGAUAGUAAUAUGUAUAAGAAUAUACAGAAUAGACGUAUAAUGAGAAUAAAUACAGAGUAGUUAAAUGCAAGUUAGAUUGGGAGGGAAGGCACUAGUAUUUACGGGGAUCAGGAAAGGCUUCAUGUAGAUGUAGAUGAGUCUUGAAGGAAGAGGGAGAUUCUCGGAGCUGGAGCGAAGGAGGAAAUACAUUCCAGGCAUGAAGGAUGGUCAGGGCAAAGGCAUAGAGGCAGGAGGUGGAGUGUUGUGUGUGAGGAGCAAAGAGAAAGCCUUUUUGGGCAGAUCUCAGAGUGUGGGAACGGGAGCAACGUACAACACGUAGAUGGGGGCCAGGCUCUGAGAGGCUUUGAAAAAUAAGCAGGUGAGUUUACAUUUUAUUCAGGAGGCCAUCGGGAGCCACUUGGAGUUCCUUUAGUAGGGGAGUGGCUGUCAGAUCUGUGCUUAAGCAAGACUACUUUGGCAUCUAUUUGGAAGGUGGAUUGCAGUGGGGAGAGACAAAGUAGGGAGUCCACUUAGGCUUUUGCACUAAUCUAGGCAAGGAUACGUGUGUGAGUGGAAGGAAGAGGCAGGAUACAAGGGAUGAUGCAGAAUGUCAGGAUUUGGCAACUGAAUGUAUUUGUGAGUGGCUGAAGAGUGAGGAACCUUAUUGACUUGGGUAACUCUCAGGUUACAAACUUGGGAGACUGGGAGGAUUUGGACAGAAAUAGGAAAGU